AGAUGGCGGAGAGUGCGGAACUGAAGCAAAUGGUGAUGAGUCUCCGUGUCUCAGAGCUGCAGGUUCUGCUGGGAUAUGCCGGGCGAAACAAGCACGGGCGCAAACACGAACUUCUCACCAAGGCCCUUCAGCUGCUCAAGGCUGGCUGCAGCCCCGCCAUCUGCAUGAAGGUCAAGGAGCUGUACCGCCGACGCUUCCCCACCAAAAUGGUCCCCCCUACGGAGAUGACCCUGCCUGGACCACACCACCCGGCCUCUGGGGGGCUGGUCAGUGGAGGGGGCGCCGUGCUGCCUGCUGGACUCACCCAGCUGGCAUAUGAGGGCCACGCGGGGGCGCCCUCACCGGCAGCGCUGCUACCUCUGUCUCUGCUGGGGCCUGGGAAGCACGAGCUGAGCUCCCUCACAGCGUCAGGACACCACCUGGGGUCAGCAGCAGCAGCCACGCUGCACCCUGUGCACCCUGACGUCAAGCUGCAAAAGCUGCCCUUCUACGACAUGCUGGACGAGCUGAUUAAGCCCACCAGUAUAGCAUCGGACAACAGCCAGCGUUUUCAGGAAACGUGUUUUGCUUUUGCACUAACACCACAGCAAGUCCAGCAGAUCAGCAGCUCAAUGGACAACUCGGGGACCAAAUGUGACUUCUCAGUUCAAGUACAGUUACGGUUUUGUCUGUCAGAGACUAGUUGUCCUCAGGAAGAUCACUUUCCACCCAGCCUGUGUGUGAAAGUGAACGGGAAGCCGUGUAACCUCCCGGGCUAUCUUCCUCCUACCAAAAACGGUGUGGAGCCCAAAAGGCCCAGCCGGCCCAUCAACAUCACCUCACUGGUCCGAUUGUCCACCACGGUCCCUAACACCAUUCUGGUAUCAUGGACGGCUGAGAUCGGCCGGAGCUACUCCAUGGCGGUCUACCUGGUCAAGCAGCAGACAUCCACAGUGCUGCUACAGAGACUACGCUCCAAAGGAAUCAGAAACCCAGACCACUCCAGAGCCCUCAUCAAAGAGAAGUUGACAGCAGACCCAGACAGUGAGAUCGCUACCACCAGUCUACGGGUGUCGUUGCUUUGCCCGCUUGGAAAGAUGCGCCUGAUGAUCCCAUGCAGGGCGCUGACGUGCUCCCACCUGCAGUGCUUCGACGCCACUCUCUACAUCCAGAUGAAUGAGAAGAAGCCCACCUGGGUGUGUCCCGUGUGUGACAAGAAGGCCCCAUUCGAGCACCUCAUCAUCGACGGGCUAUUCAUGGAAAUUCUCAACACCUGUGUAGACUGUGACGAUAUCCAGUUUAAGGAGGAUGGCAACUGGGCCCCCAUGAGGUCAAAGAGGGAAGUGCAAGAAUUGUCCUCAACUCCAUGUAACGGUGUGGAAGGCUCUCGUCGGACUCCAGCCGCGGGAGAACAUAGUGUGGUGUCCCACAGCACCAGUGACGGUGCUCACAGCAGGCAGGUGGAGGUGAUUGACCUGACCCUGGACAGCUCCUCCUCUGAGGAGAGUGAUGACCCGCCUCCCCCACCCAAGAGGGUCUGCCCAUCCCUGUCGCCCACCUCACCACCCCCCAUCAGCAAUGGAGUGUUGAACCUGCACCACCAAGCAUCCCCGGUGAGCCGUACCCCCAGCAUGCAGGCGGUAGACAGCAGCUACAUCCCUCCAGUACCACCCCUCAUCCAGGACUACCGGCAGUACUACACACCCAACGACCUGUCGGAUCUGAAUUUUUUCUCCUUCCUGCAAGGUGACAAUCAGCAUUACAACAUGGUGAUGGCGGCAGCGGCGGCCGCCUCAGCAUCAGAUGACCAUGAGCUGCUCCUCAACCGCUUCCUGCCAUUCGGCUCCUCCUCCUCACAGCUGUUCCUGGACCAAUCGAGCGUUGCUUCCGCCGGCUCGGUGCCCCUGGCCACUCAUGGCAGCAGCAGCUCAAGCAGCAGUAGCAGCAGCCUGGUGUCCUCCAGCAGCCUCAGAGACAGCACGCUCUCCCACAGCAGCUCCCACAGCAGCACACACUUGCACACACACUCUGGCGUAAUGGGCAGGACCAGCUCCGAAGUGGCGGCCACCGCCAUCUACGGCGUCAUGCCCGAUGUCAUAUCGCUCGACUGACCCCUGUAGACUGAAGCAACCUGUUCUACAACAGCGGUCAGCGAUCAUGAGAUUAUUUUUGUGACUCGGCUGCUGGACUGAUAUGAGAGCUUUAAGAGCUGUCAGGGUAACUGUUGUCUGUGGAGGACCCUUCACCUGACCCUAGAUUGACAUGGAAACAGUUCUGCAGUUUGUUUCAACACCAAGUGGCUAGACUGGCCACAAAUCAAUUAAUUGUCUGAGGUCUGUGACUUGGUCACACUCAGUAUGACUGAAGUGCUUCACUGGUACCAUUUUGGCAAGAACUGCCUGGAGCAGAAAGAAGGAAUUUUUAUAUGAAAAUUGACGUUGUGUAUAGAGAACAAAAUCUAUUUUCCUCUUUUACUUUUGUACAUAAACUACUUUCUCCUUUCCAAAUGAGUUACUUCAAUGGACAUUUUGAAGUGGACGCCAAAGCAUUUUUUGGUUUACACCGCAUCAUAAAAUGUUCAUCGCUUGCAAAUCACAGCAAUUUUUAUAUGUUUAUUUUUCUUUCAACGGAUUCCAUUUCUAAUGUAAUCCUCGUCACACACAUCCAUUAUAUUACUUUUCUCUGCAUCUGUGUUAUUACCGUCAAAUGUGAUUCACAAACCUGACACUGUCCUCCAUCUAAGGCAAGGUAGAUCAAAAAGACCUUAAGAUAGUUUGGAUGGUUCCAAUGAACAAAUGUACUUUCCAAAGUGGAUCUCUAUACAUCUGUUCCUGUACCUAUUAUUUUUAUUAUUCAUAUAACUUAUCUAACAUAAUAUAUAAACUAUUAAAUGCAUUCCCCGGGGCCUUCAGGUUAUUGUGACAGGGAAAGUGUGUAGAUUAAACCUAUUUUCUUUGCUGGAGUAGUUAAAGGCAGUUUAAGGUGUGAUCGUGAGGGUGCGAUUGAUUGAUUUAGAUACAUCUUUUCAAUACUCAACCAUCUCAAUAGGAACUACACGACUUUCUUAGUCUAUCAGUAUUUCAACUUGAACGACCUUAAACCUUUUACUGAAAAAAUCUGUCCUCUGAUUUUAGUCUCUCUUAGUUUUUCAGGACAACUUAUUAUUUUACUACUUUUACUUUGAGCCUUUUCAGUCUCUAAUUAUUUUGUAGCUUUGCCAACCCCUGCUUUAGAAAAAUGCAAAAAACUGACUUAUGUAUGGAAACUCAGUGCAGGUUAAUCUGUAUGGGACAGUGUGACAUUGCUUUCAGUCAAGUAUUUUCAAAUUCUUUGUUAAGUCUCUGCCAUCAAUUUAACUCUAGUCCAAUUAUUUCAGUGCAAGUUUUUCAGAAAUUAAAUGACUGUUCAAAUAUAUUUUAACUACCAUUGGUGAUAAUAAGCUUUGGAAGAGAGGCUUAAUUUUCAAUAUUGAAUGUAGCAGUAAGAUAUGAUAGAGACUUUUCUAAGACACCAUGCUACCAUUCCAAGUCUAACUUCGCUUUCAUCAGCAACCAAAAUGACUGUUGCCAAGUCACUUGUUCACCCCAUUUGUUUUACAGCCCUUCACAUAUCUUUCCUUUUAAUAACAGGACACAACAACUUUACCCACGUGUUAGGUUUAGGUGUCUUUAGAUUGUCUCUAGAUUUACCCUACUGCCACCAUUGGUGAUAUGAGGUGAAGAAUAUAAAGUUAGGGAUCCCAUGAGGACAGUUGCUUCUAGGGCAGGAAGUUUGAUCUCCCCCCCUCUCCCUCUCUCUCUCUCUCUCUCUCUCUCUCUCUCUCUCUCUCUCUCUCUGUCUCUCUCCCUCUCAGUGUCUCUCUGAUGAAUCUAAAGCGAAACGCUUUAUGUCAGACAGCUGCUUAUAUAAUAUAUAUAUAUAAACAUGGACCAUUCUUGCCAAAGUUAAACAACAGCUGUGUUAGCUGUUUUGAAUUUUAGCAUUUUUCAGUAACUUGUGGUUGCUGUGAGUCAGGUAUCAGUACAGCACUGAGAAUAUAAAGCACAGGGUUUGCUUCAGAUGUGGGGAUGACUGAAGACUUUACAAAGUAUUUUUCCCUCUAGUUGCUCCAAGGCCUUAAAGGUAGACAGUUUUUUUUUAUCCAGCACAAUGCACAGGAUGUAUCCAUGUAGCUUUCUUCUCCUUCCCCAUUGGGUGUAUGAUACAUACUAACCAAUGAGAAUACAGAAUACAGAGGUAUUCCUAUAUAGCUUUGACAUUGUUCAUGCAAAAGUAACACCCUGAAGUCCCAUCUCCCUCUGCCAAUAAUAGAUAAAGAUCACAGCCAUUUUCCAUCUAACUUUGUCUCUGUCUGUCUGACACACAAACACACUCUUAGUUGACACUUCAGCUCUAGAAGAUUGGCUCUCUACAUGACCAUAUGCUGUAUUUUACCAUGUUGUGCAGUAUUUUAUUUAUUUUGUAAUUUAUAUAUGUAUAUAAUAUAUUUUUACACUUUGUUGAUACACAUUGAUAUGUAAAAGAGAAAAAACUUUUAAAGGUUUAUGUAGUUUAUUUAGUUGUGUUUGGACAGUGCUGUACUGUCAAUUGUAGCUUUUAUCAUUCACAUACAUAAUUUUAUAUGUAUGUGUAUUGCAACAGUUAUCUGGCUUUUUUAUAAUGUCCCUAUUCUGGUACUCAACCAAUGAUGGGACACAAUGUUUGCAGUGAGCCUACAAUUUGAAAGAAACGGAUCACUUAAAUGAACUUAUUUAUUUGAACUUAUUCACUGGUCUCAGAAGUUUCCGACAUUAAUUGCACAACAAUAUACCUAUUUACCUUUGCUUUGUCAAAGAUCAAGACUUUGCUGAAUGUAUCCCCAUUAGAACCUUUUUGUUUACUGUAUGCAUGGAAUAGCCCCACCCACUUCAACCCAAAUAGGAUUAAGCGGAGAGCUGUCGGUGUCACGAGUAACCAUAACAAUGCAUUUGAACACCACCUGAAAAGUGAAUGAACAUGUUGCUGCUCAUGAUUUAAGACAGUAUGACUGUUCUGUGUUAGAAAAAGGGAAAUGUUAUAAUGUCUUGUUUGAAUUUCUAAACAUUUAGACCAUUUUGGAAACUGAAAAUUGUGCAAAAGUGGGAAUUUGAAUGUUUUACUGUCUUGUAUCCAAAAAUGAGAGAAUUGAUUGAAAAUUGUGUGGGCCUACUUUAAAGGGAGUCUACUUUAAAAGUCUUUAAAAAUGAACUAACUGAAUCUAAACUCAGAUUAGUAUUCACUCACUGCCUUAACUUCACAGAUUCAGUUUUCAUGUCUCCCUUGUGAGAGAAAGGAAAGGCUUUUCUAGACAAGGAAAAGACUAGUAGGACCAAUGCCAGUUUGUAUAAAGUACUGAGUAAAUAUUUAUUACUUGCAUUGGAAGACGUUGUUUACUUAUUGAAUGUUAUCUGUUCAUGUAGGGAAAUUUAGAUGUAUUAAAAAAAAACCAUUC